CAUAUUCGGUUCACCAGUAAUAAUAUGUUGAGCAAUGGAUCUUGUAUUAUAAAUCCAAGGCUGAAUAUGUUAAAGUUAUUCUUUAGCAAGUUGAACUACUCCAACAUACCCCAUUGUAUUCCUAACUCUGUGACAACAAUGUCACUCAUUGAUAUUCCUUUAACAAGUUUUAACAAAGACAUAAACACAACUGGUCUUCAAGAAUUUGUGAAAUGGCCAGAGAGUUUAGAAGUCUUGUACAUAAAAAAUGCAAGGACAGGGCCCAUUGGGAACCAUGUGUUUGAAAACAUGCCUUUAUCACUGAGGACUCUACAGAUAUCUUCAUGUAAAAUACCAUGGCCUAGAGUGUCAAUACGCUGGCCAAGGAAUAUUAACCAUCUGACCUUAACUUACUGUAAAGUGGAAACAACAGACCCAACAACAUUUAAAGAUCUAGUAAGAGUUGAUUUCCUAAGUAUGAGAGGAAAUCUAAUGACAGAUGUACCUUUUGGCCUUCCACAAACCACAAAAACAUUGGAUGUCAGUUACAACAGAAUGCGAACAGUGAGCGACAAUGUAUGGGGAGGACUUAACAACCUGACAAAACUGUAUAUAUCCAACAAUCAACUGGUAUCAAUACCAAAGUACCUUCCCAGUAGUUUAGAACAAUUGAAUUUGAAGGAGAACCAAAUAAGCUACAGCGACAGGGAUGCUUUGGAACGCUUAGUAAAUCUGAGACAAUUGGACAUGUCAUAUAACAGGUUACUAAACAUGCCACAAGGGUUGCCAGCAUCUAGCAUGAGGAGACUUACACUUAACAACAAUGAGAUUGGGUUAAUCAGGUCACCAACUGAUUAUAAAUACUGUGUCAACUGUAGCUCUAUCUCACUACAAAACAACCCAUGGGUUUGUAACCAGAAUUUGAUUAAUAUGAUGUUAUGGUUGGAACAGUUACAAAGCACAUUAAGAAUCACACUUAGUGGGUUUUGUGCUUCAAUACAAACAGACCUUGGACGAGUGGAGUUAAAUGAGAUAUUACACUACAUGACAUACAUGGCAUCAUCAUUCCAUAAUUGUUUAUAUGAUGUACAGAACCUUCAAUGCAAGAAUGCAUCACUAUCACAACUACCUAGGCCUUCCCCCCUAGGCUUACUUACUGUAUUGGUCACAAAUAACAAGAAUCUAACAUUGGUGCCUGAUAAUAUGUUCAAGCUACAAAAUAAAUUAACCUCGUUAAACUUGGAAAGCAAUGGAAUAACAAGAUUUCCACGUGGUUUGCCUUCAUCCUUGUUGGUAAUUUACCUCUCUUACAACAAAAUCACAGCAAUAACUGAAGAGGACCAAAGUACUUUAGAUCAACUUGUCAAUUUAAAACAACUUUACUUGUCUGGAAACUUAAUCAAGAUAUUGUAUGAUUACCAACUACAACGUAUGGUAUCUUUAAGGUGGUUAGCUUUGAAUAAUAACCCAAUGGAAUGUGAUUGCUCCAUGCAGUCUUUAUCUCUGUGGUACAUACAAGCAGAAACAACAUACCACUAUACUAGUAUACAAAGAUACCUAGAACCUUUAUGUGUGGAACCACCAAACAGACGAAACCAAAGAAUAACUACAAUAUUUGGAGCUUAUUAUUAUGAAUACAACUGCAUUCCAAGAGUUUGUACGCACAGGCAAGGCAACUUAGAUUGUUCAUACACAACUCAACAGUCAAUAAACCGCACACGUUUUAAUGUGUUGCCAACUAUACCAAGAAACACAUACUGGUUGACAUUAGAUUUGAGUAAUCUACAACUUGAGAAUGAAAAAAUAAGUUUAACGCAACUCACAAGGCUGACAACAUUAAAUCUUACAGGCAAUAAAUUGACAAGCAUACCACUGCAAGGCUUGCCAAGAAGUAUUGAGAAUAUCAACUUAUCCAGAAACAAAAUAUCCACACUACCAGCUACUACACUCAUCACAUAUUAUCUACCAAACUUAAAACAGCUUGACCUAAGAAAUAAUUCAUUCAGCACAAUACAAACACAAGAGGUGAGCAUAUUCCUGGCUGUAACAAGUGUGCUUCUGAGAGGAAAUCCCUUAGAAUGCAACUGCAAACUCAGACCACUAAUAACAUGGAUUCAAACUAAUGAGAAAAAUGAACAAAAUCUUUCUACACAUGAUUUAAAGGACUUGAUUUGCUUUACCCCUAAACGUUUUGAAGGGAGAUAUAUUAUAAACUUGAGUGAAUCGGAAUAUUGUCCAGUUGUAAACCUUUCUCUAAUUGGAGGGUUGGUGGGAGGAUUCACUGCACUUUUAAUCAUCAUCAUCAUAAUUGUGAAUAUUUAUCUGUAUAAGAAACGCAAGAAACAAGAGAGACGAGAUAUUGUUCAAGGUUUUAAAGAUUUACUGGAGAAAGAAGCAAUGAAUGAAGGAGACCCCGAGACUGGGGUCGGUGUGGCACCAGUUACUUAUGAAUAUGAUGCAUUUGUAUCUUAUGUCAGUGAUUCCGAUGAUGUGGAAUUUGUUUAUAAAAUGCUGGAGGAAAUGGAAGAAAAGCGUGAGAGAAAAAUGUGCAUUCACGAGCGUGAUUUCACCCCUGGUCGAGGAAUAGCUGACAACAUAGUUGAAUGCAUCAGCACAUCUCGACGUAUGGUAUUAGUGGUGUCAAGGAAAUACGCAAGUAGUGCAUGGUGUCAAUAUGAAGUACAGAUCGCAUUGACAGAACUUCAUGCUAAGCGAAGAGGGAGGCUACUGGUUCCUAUACUGCUUGAGGAUGUUACAAGAGAUGAACAAUACGCAGGUAGCGUGACAACAAUAUUAUCAGCAAUUACUGCCAUCCAAGCACCCAAGGCACAAGAUAAUGACAGAACAUGGACAAACUUCUGGAACAAACUUGAUAAAACACUCACCUAACCAUACAAACUAAGAUUUGAAGACUACCAAUUCAGUGUUAUGAUAAAUAGUACUACAAACCCUAAUAACAAUUGUCGCAUAAGUCACAAUCACAAAUUAUUUUGGUAUAAAUUUACGUUUUAUCAAAAAAUUGAUUUUCUAUAGUAACUUCUCAUAUAAGUUAUAAAUAUUACUACACGUCCUGCUUCAAAACCUCCAAUCUAUACCUUCACAUUACGCUAAAGAGCAUAGUACAAUAACCCGUUUUCCUUAAAUGCUUAUAAAGCAACAGUACAACUUAAAUACAAGGUUGAUACGUUGUGUAAAAAAGAAAUAAUGUUUUAAAUUUGUAAGUGUUUGUAUCGUUGUAUGUAUGGUUUGUAUCAUAUAAAAAAAAUUAUGUUUUAGUUAAACAGAAAGAAUAACUAAGUUUAAGUACUAACCUUACCAUACUGAAUGCUUGUUACGCAAUGUACAUUGUUAGUUAUUUAUAAAAUAAAGCAA